ACCUGUCAACUGAUAGUGGUUUGUUUUGUAUCGAGCGUUUUUGCUUUUUUUGCCGAGGACGCCUCCAAAAGUGUUGACAUCGUAAAAAUUCUCUGUUGAGGAAAUUCUUUUCCGUUUUUUCCAGUAAAUUGUUAGGUGUAGGUACCUUACGUUUUAGAAGAUGGCUGAUCCAGGGUUUCCAGGCCAGCACACUACCACAACUACUGUGAAAUCCUCAAGUACGACAGUGGAUACGACCCUGAGGUUUGAUUCUUCCUAUGCUAGAACACUUCCAGGGUACAUAAAAAUUGCAGAAAUCGUUAUUAACUUGAUCGGAUUCAUAUGCAUCGAAGCUAGCGGACAAUGGUCAUUUCACUCACGUGGUCAGUGGUUCAAUUUUGUUUCUAUGACUGCCUUUUGGGUCACAGGUAUUCUCCUGGCUUUCUAUUUGUUCCAUGUGAUCGAAAAGUUCUAUAAAGUGCCAUGGUUAAAGUUUGAGCUUGGAUAUUGUAUUACUUGGACAGUUUUGUAUCUUAUAGCUGCCAGUUUGGCUGUUUCGUUUCAUGUGGAGGCGUAUAUAGCUGCAGGGUUUUUCGGUUUCUGUGGAAUGGCCCUUUACGGUUUGGAUGGCUUUCUAAAAUACAAAGCUCUCCAGUCUGGACAACUAGCUCAAGGGGAAAGAGUAAUGAACAGACAAACAACUACAACGGUAUCCAGUCCAUCAGCGUAUCCAUAAAGCAAUGUUUUGGAUGAGUUUUUUUCUGGAAAAAAAUACUGAAGGAAAACGUAUUACUCAUUUUGGUAAAUAAUGUAGCGUGUAAGCUUUAAAAAACGUAUUCGAGAGCAAUGUGUUCAUUUGUUACCACAACUUGUUUGUAUUCUGCAUUUAUCGUUUAAAAUUUCUCUUAAGACCAAAUCAUUUCUUCUUUUUAAUAUAUACAGGGUAUUUUGUUAACUAAGGUAAACAUUAUAGAAGGCUAUUUAUAGAAAAAGGUGUGAAAAAUUAUGUUUAUUAGAAAGAACUUACCAGGUACCAGGAGUUCAAAUUUGGUACAAAUAAACGUGCCAUAAUUAUACAUUUUACUCAAAUAUAAUAUUUAAAAAUACCUUCUAGGUCCGCCACUGUCAUGGUUUUUGGAAAAUAAGAUUUAUAUAGUCUAUAAAAUGAAUAACUUCGAAUUUUGACCGUUAUUUUUUACCAACGUGGCAAAUAUAAAAUCUCUCUGUCCAAAAAGUUACUGAUAUUCUUUAAAAUGAGUGCCUGAACG